GUCGAAAAGACGCACUUCUGGUUUUUAGAAGGGAAGAGACAUAACUGUAAUCAAUGGCCGUGUAUAUAAUGGUCAAGAAUCCCAGUGGUCAUUGUUUAUCUUUGUUUCUCUAAGCAAACAUCUUUCCAAACUUCCCAGGACAUAGCAGAGCGUUUCAAUAAACGGUUCCAUCCCUUCGCCAUGCCAAACAAAUGGAAGAAAGUCAAAGACAUCCUCUUGCAAGAUGGCUAUAAAAAGCUUAUAAGACCAACUGUUCCCGUCCAUAAAACCGCCUUCCCCAAAACGACGCCUGAAUUGGAAAAGUUGGGAGUGCGAUUUGACUACGCUGGUACUAUCGAAGAAGACGAAAUGAAGUUCCAUCGAUUCCAAGUGCAGGUGAAUUCUGGAAACAAGAUACCAACUUCUUGGAAACAGUGGAGACAGAAACAUAAAGAAGGGACCCAUGGCAACGUGGCUACUAUCAAGGUGCCUGAUGGCGGGACUAAAGAGGAUGUUCAGGCGGCUCUUGAUGCGGUUGAUAAAGAAAUCGACUGAUUUGAUUCCAUACUUCUAUCACUGGAUUCCAGAAACCACCAAGUUACCAAAUCUAUGUGCGGUCUUUGUUGCUGUUAUUUUA